AUGAGUGAUGUUCCUCCUAAAAGGGUUAACAUUCCAGAUCUUCCAAUGGAGAUUAUGUUCGAAAUUUUUUAUCUGUGUGAUGUAUCUACCAUUCUCAAUACUCGAGCAACAUGCAGGUUUUGGAGAAAAAAUCUCAGUUCAUAUGCUUUUUUAGAAGAGAUUGCAAGAAGGUGGAAGAGCAAGGGUUGUUCCAUCUUUGCUCACUUUGGCUACUCUUCUGAUUGGACAAAGUCACUAGACUGGGUCAUGAAUAUGAGUGCCUUAACUGGUGAGACUUCUCCACUUCACUUCCCAUUCCUGUUAACUGCUGAAGGUUGGUUCCAGAUAGUUGGAGUUGAAAAUGACAUUGUUUGUAUACGCUACUCUUCUAUGGGUAACAAAAGCUACUUGCUCACCUGGAAUCCGAUUUCCCGUUACUCUAAAAUCAUUUCUGACCCUAAUAACCAUUAUUGUGAAGGUUGUGUUUUUCUUUACUCUUUUCUGUACUAUCCAAACACGCUUGACUAUGCUCUGCUGCACGUGUACAUGGAAAAUCCAGAUAGCUCCACAUGUGUUUUAACCAUGUACACAAGUUUUAGAAGAAACUGGAAUGUUACAGUUCCAUGCCCAGAGAAUGCACGUAGGUUGAAUCCAGCCUGUGUGUCAGUUAAUGGUGUUGUUUAUUGGGUUAGUGUCAUUACUGACGAAGAGGAUAUUCAGCCUCCUUAUAUAGUUUCUUUCAAUAUUAUCACUUACUCCUUUGAUCAGAUUUCACUUCCAAAUGAAGGACUUCAAGGUUCCCAUACUCUUUUAGUCCGAAGUGGUCACCUAUGUGUUGCUGCUAAUAUUGGUGAUGAUCACUCAUAUUACUCAGUCAUUUGGCAACUUGACCAGAAUAGUUCUAGCUUUAACUGGACUAAACUAUUUUCCUACAGUGGCAUUGGGCCGUCUUACAUACCUGCUACCAUUGUUGAUGAUGAUAUUAUUCAGAUUAAGGAAAGACAUCUAGAAGUUGAAGAUAUACAUGACUUCAGAUUCACUCACUUUCAUAUACGCCGUUAUAGUCCACUUACUGGCUCAAAGAAGACUCUUCAAUGGGUUAAUUAUGAUAAUGUAGUCAAAUUAUGGACACUACACAAAUUCUAUCCAGGACUAUUCCCGGUGUGA